CGCACUCUCUAGAGCGAAUCAAGCGAGUCUUCAGUCAGUUGCUAGUCGUUGGUGUAGUGAAUACGUACCAACCGCAUGUCUUCGUACUAAAUCGUUAAAAAAUCAACAAAAAUUUACUUAUCACAUUCCAAGAGGCAAACAAUUAAUAAACAAAUGAAAAAAGUGAACAAAAAGAACGUUAAUACUGUUUGUUGUUUUUGUAAAAUGCUUCAAAUAUUAUAUAAGUCUGUGCUAUAUAAAUGUGUUAACAACUAAUUCGCUCGGCGCGCAACCUGCAAAGGCUUACUAAAAAUACAAAUACAAAAACUUAAGUAAUAAAAAAAAAUUGAGCUCAAGGGCUAACCAGUUUCAAUGUGCUACGAAACUCAUUUACAAAAUUUUUAAUGUGAUAGUAAAACAAAAAAUAAACGAAAUUGUCACAAUAUGUCAGAUGCUCUAAACAAUAACGUCCUGUCCCGUGUUGGUGAUGAUGAUUGUAUGAGCCCAGAUUCCACAGAUUCAUCUAAUAAGGAAAAACAUCAAACAAACAACGAUUGUGGUUUUAAUAAAAAGUACACAACAAGCAUUAGUACGAAUAGUAAUGAUGAAAUCAUCGAGGAGGGAUUCGACUAUAGCGAAGCUGACCUGUUAGACGAGUUAAAUGCUAGCGACGACGACCAAGACGUCGACGUAAACAGCGGCGUUAACGACAAUGUCGAAAGAAAUGCGAACAUUCAAAAAUAUAACACUCAUGAUCUUCCCAUCACACAAGAUGCGGACAAGAAGGGUGAAGCAUGUGCAAAUAUUACCGGUACAUUUUCUCUUAGUAACCAUGUAACCGACACGAAUUCUCAUGACAAUAAAACAAGAUCAACGAACGUCGUUGCGAACGACGUCGACAGUGAUUAUGUGCCAAUUGUGAGCACUGAUAAUGCGCCAACCAGUGCAAGUGAUAAGCAAAAAGUUACACCAACUAACUUGGCGUUGUGUAGCGACACCGACCAACCAAACGCAAGUGAAGUUGACGUUGACUCAUAUUGUCCCAUAACACCGCGAUGUAUAGUUGAUGUUGAAGCUGAGCCUAAUCCAUUGUUAAAAAGUAGUUCCACAACACGCAUAGAAAGCAACAAUAAAAAUGUUGUUGAUGAUGCCGGAGUUGCUAGCAACAAUGAUCAUGGUGAUGAAGGUUAUUAUUAUUCCGAUGAGCCCGAAGAUGAAUUAAUUGUACAGUUCCUGGGAGAAGCCAAUCGUAUUGCCGAGGCCCGUUUGGCUGCUCGACGACAAGCGCGUGCUGAGGCACGCGAAAUACGGAUGCGCGAGUUGGAACGUCAACAGAAGGAGCAAGAGCAAAAUGCAGACCGUGUUUUUGACAUGCAUACCUCGAGCGGCAUCGACCCAUUAUCGCGGUCACGGCUCGCCACCGGCGUCGGCAGUUCACCGCUCGGUGCAGUGCUCAACAGCGCACGAGCCAACUCAAUGUCAUCACGACGCAGCAGUGAAGACUCACUAGAGGAAGAAGGCCGCAGUCUGCGUGAUAUACGACAUGAACUCAAGGAUGUUGAGGAAAGGUUUCGAAAGGCCAUGAUAGCCAAUGCACAGUUGGAUAAUGAACGCGCUUCGCAAACGUAUCAAAUACAACUCUUGAAGGAUAAACUAGAGGAAGUGGAAGAAUCUUAUGCGCAGCUUCAGCGUGAAUUUAAGGAUAAGUCACGUGAUUGUAAUGCGCUGAAAAGAAAUCUGGAUAAAUUAAGUGAAGAGCUUAAAUUGGUGCAAGGUCAACUAACUGAACGCGACCAACUAAUCGCGGAUCAGGGGUUAGUUAUUGUAGCCGUAGAGAAUGAAGACGGUACCGACGCAAAACGUGCUCUAGUCAGUGUUGAAAAUGCUCAGCUGUUAGGUUCAGUGCAAGGCUCAUUAGAUGUGCGACUGAAAAAGUUCAGCGAGGAGAAACAACAACUUUUAGCAGAAGUGCAAAAACUGCAGGAGACAUUAGAAAAUUACAAGAGCCAAGGCAAGGGCCGGUCCAAUUCACUUAACGGUCCAACAGGUUCUGACGAGGAUUAUGAAGCUCAGAGGGAGGCGAAUAAAAUAAUAUCAGACUACAAGUAUAAACUGCAAAAGGCUGAACAAGAAAUAGCCAGCUUACAAGCGAGCUUGGCACGUUCAGAAACGCAAGUUAUACGUUAUAAAAGUACAGCGGAAGCGGCUGAAAAAGCUGAAGCUGAACUUAAAAUAGAACGGAGAAAGCUGCAAAGAGAAAAUCGUGAAGCCAUGGAACGUAUGGAGGAAUUGGAAACUUCAAAUAAUCACCUGCUGAAGCGACUAGACAAACUAAAGAAUGCUAAAAGCGCUUUGCUUAAAGAUCUCUGACCGAAAUCCAUACAUGCAACAACGACCAGAAACACUUUCAGCAUGGAUAAAUGCCAACAUAAUGGCGAAACUUUAGUUAGAUGCGAAAUCUGUAAACAAUAAAUCAGAAUACAUGCAUUCACUUAGUGACGUCAAUAUACAAACAUCGGAGCAAAAUUGAAGAUGAGUCAAGAAUUGUGUGCUAAAUUGAAAAAGAGUAAAUGAGAGUGUUAAUGAUAUGCGAUAUUAGUUAAAUCGUUGUCAUUUAGCAUCGCAACAUGGAUAGUCAGAAAACAAAAUUACAUACAUAUGUCGCCUAAAAGUAACAGCAUAAUCAAUUUAAUAUUUAUUAACAUACAUAAAUUAAAGUUAAGUCCACAACACAUACAACAUUUAUCUAUAGUAUGUAAGUAUGUAUAUUUACAUACAUACAUAUAUUAGGAUCAUAUUGUCAGUAGUUAAUAACAACAGGAAAUGUCAAAAGUUUUUAAGUUUGCUUAAAUAUAAUACUAAUUAAUAUUGAAAAAUUUUAUUGAACUUUAAACAAAAAUACCUAUAUAAAACAACAACAUUAUAUUCCAUUAUGACAACAACAAAAAACAUGACAACUGAACUAAUACAAAUGAAUUGCCUGCGCAUGGAUAUUCUAAAUCGAUGGACUUAUGCAUAAACACACAUAAAUACGUAACGAACAUACGAUGAAAAUAUGUACAGAGAAGAAACAUAAAAAUCUUGAAACAUCUGCUGAAAAUAAAUUCAUAUGCGGAUAAAUCAUGAAA